GAGAAACAGAGAGAGAUGGGAGGGGAGAGAGACAUAGAGAGAGGAAAGGAAAGGUGACCGGAGCUGGAUCAUUAAUCCUAAGCACUUUGUUUUGACAAAUGGAGAGCAGAGGGAGAGAGAGAGAGAGAGAGAGAGAGAGAAGGGGAGAGAGAGAUGCUGCAGUCAAUAAUCGGACAGAGAGAGAGGAGAUUAUAUAAUAGUUAAAGGAAGCACACUGUGUUUUGCUCCGUGGUUUGGAUUACUGGCUAGCAAGAUGCUCGCAUUUCUCUGAUUUCUCCUCAUAUCAAUCUUACGCUUCACUGCUGCAUAGCAUGAACGACAGAGCUGCGGACGGAGGAGAGGGAUGGAUGGAGGAUCAGUGGGAGAAAUGGUUGACCCAUGACAUAAGUUUAGACGAAUUUGAGGAUGAGGACUUGUCAGAAAUCACAGAGAUCACAGAUGAGCGAGGCCUCAGCCUUAACUGCAAUGGCCUCGACUUCAAGGGUCAUGUGGUGCGACCAUCCAGUAGCGUUGCUCGGAGGGCGGAGCCAGGCGCAGUGGGCCAUGUCUGCUCGGAGACGCUUCCCUUAGAGAUGAUCAACGGAGCAGAGGGAACACACACCGGUGACACACGCGCCACAAGCACACGCUCCAAGGAUACAUGCACCAUGGACACGUACCGACCCAAACGGCCCACCACACUCAACCUGUUCCCUCAGGUGCCCCGCACACAGGACACACUGAACAACAACUCGUUUGGAAAGAAGUACAGCUGGCAGGAGAAAGUCUCACACUCCACCUCCCCGCAAAAACCAGGCGAUCUGGCGCCUCGUGAGCACAUCUGUUUAAGCGACGAGGACAAAAUCAAAACUGAAACCAAAGACUGCGGCACCUCGACAGACACGCCCACCAAACGUCCAGCCCCUCCCAGACAGGCUGUUCCAUCUGUAGCCCCGCCCAUGAAAGCUAGUGCGUGCGAGCAGUCAGGGCAUCGUGACCGUAUUCGAUAUCACACGGAUGUGUGCGUAGAAGCUACUGAGGAGAUUUACCUGACUCCCGAUAGACCAGGCCGCAUGUCAGUCAUCACCGACGGUGAGGCCCCGCCCCCUUAUCAUCCUCCGCUUUACGAAAAGGCGAAUGCAGCCAUCAUGGAGGAAGAAGAGGAAGAGCCUCCGCCAUCGUACGCGUCCUGCGUGGCAGCCUCUGCAUCACUUGAUCUCAGGAGUAGGAGAAGAAGAAACAGCCGAGGAGGUGCAGAGCUCAGGAGGAGAGGAAGGAAGGAAGAGGAAGUGGACGAGGAAGACGAAGAGGAAACGAGGAUUUCUUCAAACGGACUCUCAUACGAUUCAGUUAAAUACACGCUUGUGGUGGACGAAGACGCGCAGCUGGAGCUCGUGAGCCUGAAAGAGUGCUUUCACAGCUACAGUGAUGACAGCGACUCGGCCACGGUCUACGAUAACUGCGUCUCAUCACCGUAUGGUGAGGAAUUCGAGGACGAGGAAGUGGACGUAGACGAAGUGUGUGGUGCCAGACGGGCAAGAAUGGGCGGAGCCAGGCGGGAAGCCACUGCUUGCUUAUCAGAAGACUCCACACCAGAGGCAGAUAUUCCCUUUUCUAGAAAGUUCCUCAACGUCUUCAUGAAUGGGCGAUCACGCUCUUCCAGUUCCGAGUCCUUUGGUUUGUUUUCCUGCAUUGUUAAUGGAGAAGAGAGAGAUCAGAGUCAUCGGGCCGUGUACAGGUUUGUCCCCCGUCAUGAGGAUGAGUUGGAGCUGGAAGUAGAUGAUCCUUUACUCGUGGAGGUUCAGGCAGAGGAUUUCUGGUACGAAGGCUACAACAUGCGCACCGGAGCCCGAGGGAUAUUUCCUGCCUACUACGCCAUUGAAGUGAGCAAGGAGCCUGAGCAGAUUAAAAAAGUGAGAAGCGCAGACUGGCUGGAGAGGUACAGCCUGAAAUUCCUCGGCUCUGUCCAAGUGCCCUACCACAAAGGGAACGAGGUGCUCUGUGCAGCCAUGCAGAAGGUUGCCAACAACAGGAGGAUGACUCUGCAUUAUAACCCCCCUUCAUCCUGCAUAUUGGAAAUCAACAUGAAAGGAGUGAAACUCGCAGUGCAGGACGACUACGGAGUAUACGACAGAAGUAGUCAAUGCAGUCACUUCUUCCAGCUGAAGAACAUCUCUUUCUGUGGCUACCAUCCGAAAAACAACAAAUACUUCGGCUUCAUCACGAAACACCCAGCAGAUCAGAGAUUCGCCUGCCACGUGUUUGUGUCCGAAAACUCCACUAAGGCCCUUGCCGAGGCUGUGGGGAAAGCAUUCCAGCUGUACUAUAAAGAGUUUGUGGAGUUUUCGUGCCCUACAGAAGACAUCUACCUGGAAUAAACACAACUCUGCUUGCAGAUCCGUGUACAGAUGUACAGAAGGACUAUUUUGCAUGACGGACGAAGCAGUAACGUAACCGAAGCACUAACACAGAGAAGGCUCGUGGACAGCAUUACUUGCUUUAUGGAUUUUUAUGAAAGAGAAACGAAGAAGAGAGAAGUAUUUCUCUGAAUUUUGGGUUGGACUUCAUAUCCCUCACUCCCAUGAGACUGAAUCAUAACCAGAACCUCUGAGGUUUAGAAGAACAAUAUCAUCACACAAGGCUAAGCUUGGAGUAAAACACAUUAUUUUGUACCUCACUGCUAGUAAUGAUGCCAUAGAAACUCCAGGAAGAUCAUUUGUUUCACAAAUUGAAAGUGUCAGUAGUUCUGUGCAGUUUUUUUCCACUGCAAAAUAUAAAACAUACCAUAAUCUCCAUAAUCUCCAUAAUCCAUAGAUGAUGGUUUAAUCAUAAACCAUAAUCUCCAGGUAAUGUGACAGUUUUUAGUUGCUGUCGCUUACACAGGAGAGCAGUACACCAUUGUACACUUUUCUGGCCACAAGCUUCAGAAGCUUCAGAAGGAUGAAGUCUGAUUGGCUCCCCCAGACAGUGGUUAAAGACUGGAGAACUUUAUACUAUAUAUUCAACAGAUUGAACAAAGAAAAUCACAAAAUUACAUUUAUGACUGGCCGAAGUUAUUAUUGUUUUGUUUGAAAUAGUAGUGAAUGAUUAAGGUUCGUCAUUUAUAAUGUCAAAUGUCAAAAAAAAAAAAAAACUCUUCCGGGAAAGCAGGUGCUUCUUGGCCACAAAAAUUCUGGCUUCUGAGACUAGCUUGGCGCUAACCUAAUAUUUAUUUUAAAAAAAACAUCGUAAAACUAUCAGAAAUUGAAAUUGGCACUGGACUGAUUGCAAAAGUGAAUGAGGAAGUUUCAGCCUUAAACAUCGUUGUAUAAAGACUUCUUAGAAAGGAUGGAGCUACUGAUAUUUUCCAGGAAACCCGACACCACUGAGCUACAGCAACACUAAUGGGACAAAUACUACACUGGAGUAGUAUUUACUACAGUUAAGGGCACGGAAGUGCUGGUUUAGAGGAAAAACUACCUGCGGUACUAAUUUAAAUGUGUCUUGCACCUUUAAUCUGGAAAAUACGGUACUUCGUGUGAAAUGCACUGCUAAUAGAAAAAAAGAUGGAAAACGACGUGUCACUGAAUCAACACUGAAACUUUCCCACUUUCUUCCUCGGCAGGAUUUUAGUGCUCCAGAUACUAACGCUAAGAUUAUAUUUAUUUAAUCUCAUAAUUUAUUAACAGAGAAGGAAAUUUUGCUAGCAUUUCUUUUGAGUUAUAUCAUCGAGGCGAUAAAGCGUCAUAUACAUCAUAUACUAGUGAUGCUGUUCUGCCAUUUUUUUUUUAUUUAAUUUGAUAUUUAAUUAUGAAUUUGUCCCUUUAUUCUUCCGAGUUUCUGUUGUGGUCAGUCUCCUGUAGCUAACAAGUAAAAGUAGCAUGCGGUUUACAAGCUAAACUGGUGUCUAUUUUUGGCCGAACGUUUCUUUUAAUAAUAUUAAAUUAGAGCAGGAGACUGUAGAAUUUAAAUAAAAAAAACUUCCUAUUUAAAAGGAUUGAACUCUGAGCUGGGAAGCACAUUUCACAAUAAGAGUCAUCGGUUUAUUUCCUAUAGUGCCUUUUUCAUAAUUGAGUUCCUGAUCAUAAUCCUGGCUGUGAAUGCGUUGAAUUUAAUGAUUGCUCGUUGCAUGCAGUGUCAGAUAAGAGUGUUUAAGGACAGGUAUAAAUCAGGUCACUGGUUUUCCAAGGGCUAAGAGAAUAUAUCAGCUUGACAUGCCGAUGCUAACAGUGUCACUUUGAUUAUCCGUUACACGUUAAAAGUUUUCUGAAGGAAUUUAAUCUGUGUUAAAAAUUUGCUUUGAGACUUUUAACCCCGCUUCAUGAACUUCCUCCAAACCUGUAGGAGCUCUGAACUCCUGAGUUCAUUGUAAUAAGUCAUUUUGUAAAAUGUGAAUAUACUUUGUGAAAUGGAAAUUCUAUUCUGGAAUUAAACAAUGCCAAGUAAAGGCUUUCUCUGCGCUUUUAUACUGUA